GGUGUGGCCGAAACCCCCCCAAGACCACUCACUGGGCGGGCGGGAAGGCAAACUUGACUCGGCGCCGAGCCCUGGAGGCGGCGCCAGAGCCGGUUCAAAUGGCUGCGGAGCACAGCCUGCUAGGCCUGGCGUCCAACCCCUUCCUCUCCUGCGGGCGAUCCUGAGGGCCCGCUCCGCCCCUCUCUCGAGGUGGAGCUUCCUCUGCACCGCCAGACUUAAGCUGAGGCCGGUUGGGUUCCUAGCAGUUUGCAGAGCUAAUCUUAGGCCGAGCGGUCCAGUCCACACUCUGUGCUCACGCUAAGGGGGCGAUGGCGGCUUCCUGUGUCCUCCUGCACACCGGGCAGAAGAUGCCCCUGAUUGGUCUGGGUACCUGGAAAAGUGAGCCUGGUCAGGUGAAAGCAGCCAUCACGUAUGCCCUCAGUGUGGGCUAUCGCCACAUUGACUGUGCUGCCGUGUACGGCAAUGAGCCUGAGAUUGGGGAAGCCCUGGAGGCAAACGUGGGACCAGGCAAGGUGGUACCUCGGGAGGAGCUGUUUGUGACAUCUAAGCUGUGGAACACCAAGCACCACCCCGAGGAUGUGGAGCCUGCCCUCAGGAAGACGCUGGCUGACCUCCAGCUGGAGUAUCUGGAUCUGUACCUGAUGCACUGGCCUCAUGCCUUUGAGCGGGGAGACAACCCCUUCCCCAAGAAUGCUGAUGGGACUGUGCGCUAUGACUACAUCCACUACAAGGAGACAUGGAAGGCUCUGGAGGCACUGGUGGCCAAGGGACUGGUCCGAGCGCUGGGCCUGUCCAACUUCAGCAGUCGGCAGAUUGAUGACAUACUUAGUGUGGCCUCUGUGCGCCCAGCUGUCUUGCAGGUGGAAAGCCACCCAUACCUAGCUCAGAAUGAGCUGAUUGCCCACUGCCAAGUGCGUGGCCUGGAGGUGACUGCCUAUAGCCCUCUGGGCUCCUCUGAUCGUUCUUGGCGUCACCCUGAUGAGCCUGUGCUUCUUGAGGAACCAGUAGUCUUGGCACUGGCUGAAAAGUAUGGCCGAUCUCCAGCUCAGAUCUUGCUCAGGUGGCAAGUCCAGCGGAAAGUUAUCUGCAUCCCCAAAAGUGUCACCCCAUCUCGUAUCCUUCAGAACAUCCAGGUGUUUGACUUCACCUUUACCCCAGAAGAGAUGAAGCAGCUAGAUGCCCUCAACAAAAAUUGGCGCUACAUUGUGCCCAUGAUUAUGAGAGAUGGAAAGAUGGUCCCGAGAGAUGCAGGACACCCUCUCUAUCCAUUUAAUGACCCAUACUGAAGAAAUCAGCUUCCUGUCUUGCCUUUCACCUCUCUUGCUAUGAGGUCCUGCCUGCUUCUCUCCAGAAAAAGCGAGUCAAUAAAGCCAUUGGAGAAUCCA